CUGUGGUGUUAUCCGUCAAUAUGCCGUCAAUCUAAUACAUGUGGACAGCAAUGAUGAAAAUUGUUUUUCCCCUUUAAAUUAAACAUCUCCAAUGAUUAUUGAACAUUUUGUAAGAAAUUGUUAGGAAGUGUUUCUUAGUAAUAAUUAUUAGUUUUUUCAUGCCAAAAUUGUAUUUACAAUGUCAGUUGAAAGGGAAUUUAUGUUGGAUUGUUGAGCUUGAAUAAUCCGAACUGGAAACAUUUGUUUAUGAGGAUUUUCAGAGUAUUACAAAAUAAUUGAAUGAAAAUGGACAAAGAGGAUACUUUUUUAUCACAAUGUACAUCAAUGCAAUGCGAAUCAGCAGAAUUAGAAUUUCAAAUGUUGGGAUAUAUAAAGGAUGCCAUGAAGGCUAUGGAAUUGAUGAGGUUUCACAAAAUGCUCACGGAUGUGGUACUCGAAGUAGGAACAGAAACAUUCCACGCACACAGAGUUAUCUUAGCUGCUGCCAGCCCAUAUUUCAAAGCAAUGUUCACUGGAGGCCUUAAAGAAUGUGAAAAUAAAAAUAUAAAACUGGAAGGAGUUUCCCCUACUGCUAUGAAAAUUCUUAUACAUUUCAUUUACACAGGAAAAUUGAAAGUUACAGAAAACAUAGUAUGUCAGUUGCUACCAGCUGCAGCAAUGUUUCAAGUCACAAAUGCGAUAGAGGCCUGCUGUGAUUUCUUGGAAAAACAAUUGGAUCCAAGUAACGCUAUAGGAAUAGCUAGUUUUGCAGAGAACCACGGUUGCUUGAGUCUAUAUAGAAAAGCCAAUCAAUAUAUUGAGAGACACUUUCGUGAGGUAGCACAGGAGGAAGAAUUCUUUCAACUAAAUGCUGUAGAGUUGGUCCAGUUAAUAAGAAAAGAUGAGUUGAACGUCCAAGAAGAAAAAGAAGUGUAUAACGCAGUUCUGAAGUGGGUAGAGUAUGACCCCGAAAGACAAAACGAAAUGGAAAACAUAUUGAGUGCUGUUAGAUGCCAAUUCUUGCCACCAAAGUUUCUGAAUGAUCAGAUGAUCAACUGUAAAUACAUCCAACAAGCUCCUGCUUGUAAGGAAUAUCUCGCGAAAAUCUUCAAGGACCUAACGUUACAUAAAUGCACAAUAGAAAAGGAGAGAACACCUAAUAUUCCUAGGGUAAUAUAUGUAGCAGGUGGUUAUUUAAGAAAGUCUCUUGACAUUGUUGAAGGUUUCAAUGUAGACGACAAAACAUGGAAAAAAAUGGAUUCUUUAGCUAUGCCUAGGUCGGGUCUCGGUGGAGCUUUUUUAAAGGGAAUGUUUUUUGCUGUUGGGGGCAGAAAUACAUCACCUGCUCAAAGCUAUGAUUCUGAUUGGGUUGAACGUUAUAACCCUGUCAAGGAUAAAUGGAGAGUAUGUAGCCCAAUGUCUGUACCUAGAAAUAGGGUAGGAGUAGCGGUAUUGGAUGGGCUACUUUAUGCUGUAGGAGGUAGUGAAGGAUCAAAGUAUUUGGACAGUGUUGAAUGUUAUGAUCCUGAAACGGACAAAUGGACGCACGUUAAACCAAUGCACUACAAAAGAUUAGCGCUCGGUGUAGCUGUGGUCAAUAGGCUAUUAUAUGCUAUAGGCGGUUAUGACGGUGAAUACAGGCUCAAUUCAGUAGAAUGCUAUCAUCCCGAGAAUGAUGAAUGGACCAUACUACGACCAAUGAAUAUUCCCAGGAGUGGGGCAGGUGUAGCAGCUAUAAAUCAGUUUAUUUUUGUGAUCGGUGGCUAUAAUGGAGUUAGACAACUAGAUGAUGUUGAAAGAUAUGAUACAGAAAAAGGAGAAUGGACAUUUGUGGCACCAAUGAAAAAGGCUAGAAGUGCUUUGAGUGUGACUGUUCUAGACUGUAAAAUUUAUGCUAUUGGUGGAUAUGAUGGUACUAAUUUCUCGAAGAGUGUUGAAAUUUACGAUCCUAUCAGAAAUGAAUGGACUGAAGGGGUAUCUUUAGCUGCUGGAAGAUCUGGACACGCUAGUGCUGUCUGUUAUCAACCACCAAGUACAAACUGUUGUUGAAAGCACUAUUUUGAAUCAAGUCUUACGAAAAAAGAUCUUAACUGACAGAUCAGUGAUUAUGAAGAUGAAAUUGUUCCACGAGAAUUAUAUUCUGCUUCGUUUCAUGUAACUAUUAACCAGUAUGCAGAUUAUUUAUUGUAAGAAUAUUUUUUUAAUGUUUUGAGGUAAACUUGUCUUAUUUAGCAUAUUUCACCAAAGAAAUAUCCAUUCAAUAUGAGAUCAAACAAAAGAUUCGUAUUAGCAAAAAUAAUAUGUUUUAAUAUUAUUUUUAAAAACCAUUUCAGUUCAGUUAAAUUUGUUACGUUUAUUGUUUUUUAUUCCUUAUAAAAUAAAUAUUUUAUGGAAAUAUAACUAGCCUACAUGUUAAUUUAAUUUAAUUAGAUAUUUAUUUGUAUUGUUUGAUGUAUAAAGAUCACUAGAGGCUUUAGGUAUCGAUGCUAUCCAUUAAAAAGUUUAUAGGUAGAUUUUAACAUCUAAAACCUCUAUAUCAAGUGUUUGUUUAGUUUCAGUCAGUUUAAAUUUUCUAAGGUAUUCUAUAAAAAAACAUUCAGUUUUUCGAGUUCGAAAUGAAUAUUUGUUGAACACACCAGAACUGAAACAAUUCCUUAACUUCAUAUUAUCAUAUAUUUUUAUUUGGAAGCAGUAGUCUUCCUUUGGGAUAUUUAUAAUUCAAUUCAAGAAAAUUUUGUCACAAUUUCUAAUAAUAGAAAUAUGAAAAAUUACCUAUCCUAGAUACCAAAAUAUUUUUAUUUAUAAAAUACAAUGUGAAAGAAAGAAGAAAUUAAUUUUUCAAAAAUUCAAUAAUUAUAAAUCCAUACUUCUGAUGAACCCUCCAUGAAAUUUCCUUUAUACAUUCCAUUAAUUAAGAAUUUUGUAGCCACCUUUUGAAUUAUAAAUACUAAACUGUUGAUUGUGAUACAUUGUAAUGUAAUAUACAUAUGUUUAAAUUCAUUAUUUUAGUAAUUUAUCUCAAUUCUACAAUCAAUAAAUAUGUUUGAUA